AUGGAUUCGUUCGAAACAAGCACACAGUUCUCCCAGAUAUUGAGGACUUUGACUCCGUCUAUGCAGUCGUUGAUACGAGGAGCUCACUUUGCAUUGAAAUACUACCAGUCGGAAGACUAUCUAGUUCAUACGAUCGUUGAGGUGGUGGACGACCCGAAGGUGGAUCUCAACACCAAGUCCACGAUCUUCCAGUUUAUAGAGGUGUUGGUCCACGAAUCGUACACCGUCUCUGAGCAGCCCAAGAGCGUGUACAACUACCCAUACGUGACUGCCUUGAAGCUGUUGUUGCCCAAGGUGUUGCUCCAGACGUUGCCGGGGUCCAACUGCUCGAGCUUGUACAAUGUCUACUGUAACUUAAAGAGCAUCUCCAAGACGUUGAAGUUUAACUUCGAAGAGUACGAUAUCAGGUUCAACUCCAUCAAUGAGUCCUUCACCUUGGAAGACGAAGAGAACAUAAUAGCGAAUGUAGAGUUCCCUCAGGUGAACGAAGACGACGAAGUAGAGACACAAGAGCCGCUUAUAACGACGUGGAACUUGUUAAUAAAGAAAAAGAAGCAAAGUCAGUACGAAAGGUUGAGGCUCUUGAGGCACAAGGAGCUCUGUAGUGGUAAGUUGAUCGAGGAAGAUGAGAUGUUCAACAUAAGACUAGGCGAGAAGUCUCAGGGAGGCGUUCAGAAGAAGGAAGCUGAUCCACAACUACUUACAAAGCGCCAAAUAUUGGCCCGGAUGGAAGACGAUAGAGAAUCGCACAAGAGAUCUAAGGAACACUUGUGGAUGGUGUCUAGACCUAGAGACGUGAAUGGGGUAACUGAAGAUGAAUUCUUGACAUCGUACUGGAAUAAAUAUAAGGUGAUGAAUGAAGACGAGGAGAAAACUCUAUUUGCAGAUCUUGAAGAGUUGAAUCAGUUGGUGGCCAUGAGUUAUAAAGAUAAGCAGUUUUAA